CCCAGAACCCGCAGUCCGGGGUUGACCUUUCACCUUUCCACAGUGACAGAGCCCGGAUGAGGUUGCAGGAUGUCGUUUUGAAGGGAGGUGAAGAGAUCACCAGGAAGUGAUGCCUAUUGAAAGUGGAAGCAGUGCAGCUGCACGGCAAGUGAAAUCGAAACGUAAACCUCACACUAUCUCUAUUCGAAGGACAAACAGCUCUGAGCAGGAACGUGUCUCAUCACAGCGCGAAAUGUUGGAAGCACAGGAUUCCAAACUACCAACAUCAAUUCGGCAAACUUUGCUGGAGCUGUUUGGACAGAUUGAACGAGAGUUCGAAAAUUUGUACAUUGAAAAUUUGGAAUUGCGAAGAGAAGUCGAAACUUUGAAUGAUCGUCUGACAGCUGAAGGUCAAACAGUGGAUGGGGGAGAUUUAAGCAAAGGACAGCUGAAGGCAAAAGCCAGUCACAGUACCAGCCAGUUAUCUCAAAAACUGAAAACAACCUACAAGGCUUCUACCAGCAAGAUUGUGUCAAGUUUCAAGACCACAACUUCUAGAGCAGUCUGUCAGCUGGUGAAAGAAUACAUAGGACACCGAGAUGGGAUUUGGGAUGUCAGUGUUACACGCUUGCAGCCUGUGGUGCUGGGCACAGCAUCAGCUGAUCACAGUGCUAUGUUGUGGAGCAUUGAGACAGGAAAGUGUCUCUUGAAAUACACUGGUCAUGCAGGGUCAGUGAAUUCAAUCAAAUUCCAUCCAUCAGAACAGGUAGCUCUCACAGCAUCUGGAGAUCAGACGGCGCAUAUCUGGCGAUACAUAGUGCAACUGCCCACCCCACAGCCAGUGAUUGAUUCAAACCAAAUGUCUGGGGAGGAAGAAGUUGAUUUCUCAGACAAAGAUGAAGCAGACGGAGAAGUGGAAUGCCCCAGUGAAAGCCCAACAGUCCGAGCUCCAACAACUACGCUCAAGAGUCAUCAGGGUGUGGUCAUAGCUGCUGACUGGUUAGUUGGAGGCAAGCAGGUGGUCACAGCGUCCUGGGAUAGAACCGCAAACCUUUAUGAUGUAGAAACGUCAGAACUGGUGCAUUCUCUGACAGGACAUGACCAAGAGUUAACUCAUUGUUGUACUCACCCUACUCAGCGCCUUGUUGUAACAUCAUCACGUGACACCACCUUUCGUCUCUGGGAUUUUCGAGACCCUUCAAUACACUCAGUGAAUGUCUUUCAGGGUCAUACAGACACUGUAACAUCUGCUGUCUUUACUGUGGGAGAUAAUGUUGUAUCUGGCAGCGAUGACAGAACUGUAAAAGUCUGGGAUCUAAAGAAUAUGCGAUCUCCUAUAGCAACAAUUCGUGCUGACUCAGCAGUCAACAGGAUAAGUGUUUCUGUUAAUCAGAGGAUUAUAGCACUUCCUCAUGACAAUCGUCAAGUUCGAUUAUUUGAUAUGUCAGGAGUACGUUUAGCACGUCUGCCCCGCAGUAAUCGUCAGGGCCAUCGGCGUAUGGUGUGCUGCACAGCUUGGAGUGAGGACAAUCCGAUAUGCAACCUCUUCUCUUGUGGUUUUGAUCGUCAAGCUAUUGGUUGGAAUAUCAAUAUCCCAGCACUCUUGCAAGAAAAAUAAAAUACCAUAAGAGUGUUUCAAAAAUGACUUUAAAUAACUCUAAUCUUUAUAUGCUUAACUAUGUUUCUAUUGUUGUUACUGCUGUGAGUCUUCCAUCUAAGAAGAAAGAAUUGUAUGAUUGGCAUUGAAUGGCUUAACAUGCAUAAUCUGCAUGUAAUGUCCAUGAAACUGUGCUUGGUUAAUGCGCCAAUCUUGAAUGCAACGUUGCAUAUAUUAUCAAUAUUUCUCUUUUUUUGUAAUUUAUGUGUUCUUCGCUGGUCGUUAGAAUUGGUUGACCUUCUCACAUACGGCAUAUAAAUGAUUUGCACAGAAGUUAUAGCUGGAUUCUGUAGCAGUGUGAGCAGGGCAUUUUUGAGUGACUGAAAAAAAUGUGAAGUGUAAAUUAUGUGAAGGGUAUAGUUGUGUUUGCUGUAACCUGAAAAUUCUACAUAUCUUCCUUGUUGCCUUGUAGAAAGUGCAGGGUUAGAAUAUCGCAAUUUUGAUGUGAUGUCACACUAUAUUUUCCUUCAGUCUUUUUACCUGCAGUUAAGUAUCUGACUGUACCAAUGUAUUGCAGUGAAUUUCAGAUAUGUAUUUAGAUCUUUUCCUAAUUCAGCAAUGUUUGGAAUUCGGGUAUUUGAAUAUCAUACGAGUAGGCAGUAAUGUUUAAUCUGUGGAAUUGUAACCUCAUAUAAUGUAGUUAGUCAAUCAUAGGCCCUGGCUCUGAAAUGCAUUUUGUCAAAAUGUACACUAAUGAGAAAGAAAUGCUAUUAAGUUUUAUUUUGUUUACUUUUGUGAUUCAAGCCAAUAUUAAGUGCACAGAGUCCUACCUCCAAUCUGUGUGAAUGUGGGCAUAUGAUUAGUGUUGUAAUGUCUGCAAUCAGGAAGAGUCAUUAAAGACUAAAGGCAAAUUAUUUGCAUUCAAGAUCUCGUGCACACCAUGACUUUGUAGUGACAUGAGACUUAGAGUGCUGAACAUAAUGGCUUGGAUAUCUAAAUAUGUACAAAUGAUUUCCAAGUUUAAACAAUUUGGAUCCCAAUGUGUUUCAGAUUUAAUGUAUGUUUGCAUAUUUUUACAUAGUUAAGCACAAUCGUGCUUAAUAUUUAAGCAAUUUGGCCUGCAACCGAUUCCAGUGACAAUGCAUUGCGGUGCUAUCCUUUGUCCAGUAUGCUGUCAAUGCAGUAACCUAAUUUCAUGAACUGUUUUGGUUGCUGCAUAAGUACCAACAGUAGUUUGAAAUAAUCAGAUUUUUACUGCCAGGUAUAGAUUUAAAUUUUCAUUUAACCCCAAAGAUUAGUAAUGUUCAAAAUGUUUAAAAUACAGUCUGUAUUUAGCUGCCUGAAUGCUAAACAAUGUAUUGCAUAUUGUUGAAAAUCUGUGUUUCAAUUGAUGUUGGCUUUAGUGCACUUAAUGGUUUAUCAGUAUCGCAGAUAGGGCAAAUAAUGCAGGAAACAGUUUUGUUUUCUAAAGACCGGACAAUCUUAUUGGAAUUGUUUGGAUUUGGUGUCAGCAAAUGAAUGGUUGAUUUUCAGGUCAGCAGUGCAUAGCUGCCUUGGAACUUCCUAUUGGAUAGAUGAAUACUGCAGUAUGCUGAGUAUGAUUAUGAUACUGUUACAACAUAUGGCAAUUUACAAGUAGAGCACUGGAUAUUGUUUAAGCAGCAGGUUGUUCUGACAUAAACUAUCCAAUGUAAGAAACAUUACUGGACAAAUUGUCAAAACUUCUAAAAUCAGUUUUGUUUGCUUGUGUGUGAUCUGUAUCACGUCCCUGUGUAUUCCAUGGCAACUCAGUAAAAUGUAGUUUCUUUUCAUUAAAGCAUUAAAUAUUUGUAUUAUAAAUUA